UUAAGUAUAUUGGUCCUAUAAAGAAAUUAACAUGCCCUAAGAAUGUACUGUUAAGUAACUGGCUUGUUGGAGACCCACAAAACCAGUCCUGAUAAUUAAGUUGAUAUACUUCAAGGAAGAAAGGUCCUUUGCUGACUGUAGAAAAGAAAACUCCAGAGCAACAGUAGGAAUGGAGCCAUCAGACAAGCUAUUCAAACACAAAGGAUCCUAUUUUGCCUCCGAUUUUGCUACACCAGAAUACAUUGAUUCACUGGAGGAUUUUGAAAUCAGGGACAGUGAUGUAUUUCUGGUCACUUUUCCAAAAUCAGGCACCAUAUGGACCCAGAAUAUUUUGAGCCUGAUUUAUCAUGAAGGUCAUCGAAAUGGGACUGAAGACACUGAUCUGUUAGACAGAGUUCCAUGGCUGGAAUACAACAUUCGCAAUAGAGAUUAUUUUAAUCGCCCAUCACCACGUCUCUUUGGUAGCCAUAUGCCUUAUCGUUUCAUGCCAAAAGCAUUAAAAAAUGGAAGAGGAAAGAUUAUUUAUGUGGCCAGAAAUCCAAAGGAUGUCUUGGUCUCCUUCUAUCAUUUUUCCAAAGUUUCUGGCAACAUGGAAGAAAUAGAAGACUUUGAUGUGUUUAUGGAGAUGUUUUUGGCUGGCAGAUUUGUAGGUGAUUUAUGGCUAGACCAUAUAGAAGGCUGGGUCACUCAGAGGGACAACAUGAAUAUUCUCUUCAUUCUGUAUGAAGAAAUGAAGAAGGAUCUGAGAAGCUCUGUACAGAAAAUAUGCAACUUCUUAGGAAAGAGAUUGACAGAAGAGGAGCUGGGUGAUGUAGUGGAAAUGGCUUCAUUUGGCAAAAUGAGUGUGGAUCGUAGAGCUAAUUAUACAACCUUGCCCCCCGAAAUCCUAGAUUUCAGCAAAGGACGCUUUCUGCGUAAAGUUGGAGGAACUCUUGGUCUUCAUUGUAUUGUCCUCUCAGCAGCACUAGGAAUGGAGCCAUCAGACAAGUACUUGUUCAAGCACAGGGGAUACUAUUUUAUCCCAGGUCUGACUACACCGGAAUACAUUGAUUCACUGGAAGACUUUGAAAUCAGAGACAAUGACGUAUUUCUGGUCACUUACCCCAAAUCAGGCACCAUAUGGACACAGAAUAUUCUGAGCCUGAUUUAUCAUGAAGGUCAUCGAAAUGGAACUGAAGAUGCUGACCUGCCAGACAGAGUUCCAUGGCUGGAGUACAAUGUCCGCAAUAGAGAUUACGCCAAUCACCCAUCACCUCGUCUCUUUACCACCCAUCUACCCCAUUAUUUAGUGCCAAAGGGGUUAAGAAAGGGAAAAGCAAAGAUUAUUUAUGUGGCCAGAAACCCAAAGGAUGUCUUGGUCUCAAGCUAUCAUUUUUCCAAAGUUUCUCUCAAAAGUGAAAAAGUAGAAGACUUUGAAAUUCUCAUGGAGAGGUUUCUGACUGGUAAAGUAAUAGGUAAUUUAUGGCUAGAUCAUAUAGAAGACUGGUCUGCUCAGAGAAGCAAUUUGAAUAUUCUCUUCCUUCUGUAUGAAGAAAUGAAGAAGGAUCUAAGAAGCUCUGUACUGAAAAUAUGCAACUUCCUAGGAAAGAGAUUGACAGAAGAGGAGUUGGAUGAUGUUGUGGAUAAGGCUUCAUUUGGCAAAAUGAGUGUGGAUCGUAGAGCUAAUUAUACAACUGUGCCCUCUGAAAUCCUAGAUUUCACCAAAGGAUGCUUUCUGCGCAAAGGUACUGUUGGAGACUGGAAAAACAUGAUGACGGUUGCACAAAGUGAAAGGUUUGACAGUAUCUUCAAGGAGAGGAUGGAAAAGCUGCCCUUCAAGUUCUGCUGGGAUAUCAGUGAAUUUUGACACACAAUGAACUAACCUGCCUGUUUUGCUUUGUAUAUAUUUUUAAUUUGGUGAAGCAACAGAUUUGUUCUAACUUGUUUCCAAAUCAGCUUGCAAAUUUUGGUGGAUAAAGUGACACAAUGCCUUUAUGUACAAAAUUUUGUAUUUUUCAUUUGGUCAAAGACAAUGUACAGUGCACUGCAAUGGUUUGAGAAUUAGAAAAGAUUCAAAGAUAAUUGCUUUACAUAUUCUGCACUGCUAAUAAAAUGUGUUUUGGAUCA